AUGGAUCAAGCUGAAGGUCCACAAAAGGAAAUUGAACCACCCCUGAUGGAUGGGUCCGUACCAGGUCAUCACAGCGACACCCACAGCAGUGAAGGUCCAGAAGCACCAGGGGUGGCACCACCUAUCACACUACCAGGAGACGUCACAGCCCCCAUUGUCUCCCCUCACAGCCCCCGUUGUCUCCCCUCACACUACCAGGAGACGUCACAACCCCCAUUGUCUCCCCUCACACUACCAGGAGACGUCACAGCCCCCAUUGUCUCCCCUCACAGCCCCCAUUGUCUCCCCUCACAGCCCCCAUUGUCUCCCCUCACAACCCCCAUUGUCUCCCCUCACACUGCCAGAAGACGUCACAGCCCCCAUUGUCUCCCCUCACAGCCCCCAUUGUCUCCCCUCACAGCACCCAUUGUCUCCCCUCACACUACCAGGAGACGCCACAACCCCCAUUGUCUCCCCAAAACCCCCAUCUCCCCUCACACUACCCCCCAGUCUCCCCUCACACUCCCAGAGACGUCAGCAACCCCCAUUGUCUCCCCUCACACUACCAGGAGACGUCACAGCCCCCAUUGUCUCCCCCCCACAGCCCCCAUUGUCUCCCCUCACAGCCCCCAUUGUCUCCCCUCACAGCCCCCAUUGUCUCCCCUCACACUACCAGGAGACGCCACAGCCCCCAUUGUCUCCCCUCAGUCUCCCCACACUACCAGGAGACAUUGUCUCCCCUCACACACAGGAGACGCCACCCCCCAUUGUCUCCCCUCACACUACCAGGAGACGCCACAGCCCCCAUUGUCUCCCCUCACAGCCCCCAUUGUCUCCCCUCACACUACCAGGAGACGUCACAGCCCCCAUUGUCUCCCCUCACAGCCCCCAUUGUCUCCCUCACAGCCCCCAUUGUCUCCCCUCACAGCCCCCAUUGUCUCCCCUCACACUACCAGGAGACGCCACAGCCCCAUUGUCUCCCCUCCCCCCACAGCCCAGCCCCCAUUGUCUCCCCUCACAGCCCCCAUUGUCUCCCCUCACAGCCCCCAUUGUCUCCCCUCACACCCCCAUUGUCCAGGAGACGCCACAGCCCCCAUUGUCUCCCCUCAAAACCCCCAUUGUCUCCCCUCACAGCCCCCAUUGUCUCCCCUCACAGCCCCCAUUGUCUCCCCUCACACUACCAAAACCCCCAUUGUCUCCCCUCAAAAGGAGACCCCCCCCCAUUGUCUCCCCUCACACUCCCAGAAGUCUCCCCUCACGUCUCCCCUCACAGCCCCCAUUGUCUCCCCUCACAGCCCCCAUUGUCUCCCCUCAGCCCCCAUUGUCUCCCACACUCCCAGAAGACGCCACAGCCCCCAUUGUCUCCCCUCACAACCCCCAUUGUCUCCCCUCACAGCCCCCAUUGUCUCCCCUCACAGCCCCCAUUGUCUCCCCUCACAGCCCCCAUUGUCUCCCCUCACAGCCCCCAUUGUCUCCCCACACUACCAGGAGACAGCCCCCAUUGUCUCCCCUCACACUACCAGGAGACGCCACAGCCCCCAUUGUCUCCCCUCACACUACCAGGAGACGUCACAGCCCCCAUUGUCUCCCCUCACAGCCCCCAUUGUCUCCCCUCACAGCCCCCAUUCCCCCAUUGUCCCCCUCACAGCCCCCAUUGUCUCCCCUCACAGCGUCACAGCCCCAUUGUCUCCCCUCACAGCCCCCAUUGUCUCCCCUCACAGCCCCAGCCCCCCCCAUUGUCUCCCCUCACACUACCAGGAGACGCCACAGCCCCCUCCCCUCACACUGUCUCCCCUCAAAACCCCCAUUGUCUCCCCUCACAGCCCCCAUUGUCUCCCCUCACAGCCCCCAUUGUCUCCCCUCACACUACCAGGAGACGCCACAGCCCCCAUUCCCCCAUUGUCUCCCCUCAAAACCCCCAUUGUCUCCCUCAAAGCCCCCAUUGUCUCCCCUCACAGCCCCAUUGUCUCCCCUCACACUCCCAGGAAGACGCCACAGCCCCCAUUGUCUCCCCUCACAGCCCCCAUUCCCCCAUUGUCUCCCCUCACAGCCCCCAUUGUCUCCCUCACAGCCCCCAUUGUCUCCCCUCACAGCCCCCAUUGUCUCCCCUCACACUCCCAGAAGACGUCACAGCCCCCAUUGUCUCCCCUCACACUCCCAGGAGUCUCCCCUCACGCCACAGCCCCCAUUGUCUCCCCUCACACUACCAGGAGACGCCACAGCCCCCAUUGUCUCCCCUCACACUACCAGGAGACGUCACAGCCCCCAUUGUCUCCCCUCCAGGAGGCAGCCCCCAUUGUCUCCCCUUGUCUCCCCUCACAUACCCCAUUGUCUCCCCUCACACUACCAGGAGACGCCACAGCCCCCAUUGUCUCCCUCACAACCCCCAUUGUCUCCCCUCACACUACCAGGAGACGCCACAGCCCCCAUUGUCUCCCCUCACACUACCAGGAGACGCCACAGCCCCCAUUGUCUCCCCUCACACUGCCAGAAGACGUCACAACCAUUCUAACAGAUAAGAGUGCACAACCAGACCCUGACGUUGUUACACAUGACCGCUAUGGUCACAUUGUUUAA